GACCCACAUUGGCAGUGCUUGACCGUGCUUGGCGGAACAGUCUUUCAGUAUGAAGUCCGAGCUUCUGCUGCUAAUUGUUUUUUUCCUCUGUGUGGAAAGCAAGCCUUUGCUAAGCUCACUGAGGAGGAAACAUAACAAACUGCUGCUAAUAUCUUUUGAUGGUUUCAGGUGGAACUACGAUGAAGAUGUGGACACACCAAAUAUGGACGAAUUGGUAAAAGAGGGUGUGAAGGCAAAAUACAUCACGCCGCCCAUGAUUACUAUGACAUCUCCAUCACACUUCACUACUAUUACAGGGCGAUGGAUAGAAGAUCAUGGUGUUGUCCAUAACUUGAUGUUUAAUUCCACAUCUCUUCUGAAAAUACCUCAUAAGGCAACUCUGAAACGAUCCGAGUGGUGGGAUAAUGGAGCAUUGCCUUUGUGGAUUACAGCACAGAAUCAGGGUCUAAAGACUGCCUCUUAUUUCUAUCCCGGUGGGGGAGCAAACUACAGUGGGCAGGCUGUGAACAGAUCCCUGGUAGAGGAACACGGUCACCCUGAUGAUAAUGAAACCGAGUGGCGCCAGAAAAUCGACACAGUUAUGGAAUGGUACACCAAAGAAGAGUUUGACUUUGUCACUCUUUACUAUGGGGAACCCGACAAUGUAGGCCAUAUGGUGGGACCAGAGACGCCCGAGAGAAGGAAGAUCAUUGAGCAGAUUGACCGCACAAUUGGGUAUCUAAGAACAUCGAUUCAAAAGCACAAUUUAGCUGAUAGCCUCAAUGUCAUCAUCACGUCAGAUCAUGGCAUGACCACCAUUAAGAAGAACCCAGAUGUUAAGGAAAUCAAACUCUCUGAGUACAUGAACUUCGUGCAAUUAAGUCACUUUGACUUAUUGGAUUAUGGUGGAUUUGGCAUGAUAAGGCCCAGGAAAGGCAAAGAGCAGGAUGUCUAUAAUGCGCUGAAGAAUGCCCACCCAAAUUUAACUGUCUACAAGAAAGAAGAGAUUCCUGAAAACUUUCACAUUGCGAAAAACAGUAGAAUCCAAGAUAUUGUUCUUGUUGGAGACUUAGGCUUCAAUUUGAACUCGAGGAUUAUCCUCUAUGUGAACAAAGGAGACCAUGGCUUCAAUAAUCAGGAAAUGGACAUGAAAAUGAUAUUUAGAGCAUUUGGACCAGAUUUCAAGAAAAAUUUCUUAGCUGAGCCUUUCGACAGUGUCAGCAUCUACCUGCUGAUGUGCAAGCUGCUGGGUGUGCACCCGGCCCCGAGCAAUGGCAGCCUCAGCGACACUGAAGCCAUGCUGGUGGAGAACUUUGAUGCUUGUGGACAUGCUGGAAGAAUACAGAUGUCUGUCAGUCUUUUGGCCAUCACGAUACUAAUCCCGUCUCUCAUGACCUGUAUCACAUCUGGUUCAUAGCUGUAAAUGUUAAACAGAUUGUAUCAAUGUAUUCUGUAGCUGUUAGUACGUAAACACGUAGUGAGUGAAAUUGACUGUUUUUCAGUCAGUGUUAUUCAUAUAAAACCAAUGUUUUGCUUGUGGUGAACUCAAUCAUAUUUAUUGCCCAACAUGAAUAAACAGACCUUAUUGAUUCUG